GACAGCAAAGUCCAGACAUGUGCAGCUGUGUGGAGGAUGCCAAAGGAACUGGAAUCAGGCGGCCACGAGUCCCCAGACGACUCUGCAAGCCCCGCACAGACACUGGAGCUGCUGUGUCACCUGGACGACGCGGCCCAUGGCAACGUGGCCUGACUUACGGUGUUGGUGAGUGACUGUCAUCCCCACUGGACAGUGAGGAGACCAGAGCACAGAGAGAGGAAGACGGCAGGAGCCAGAGUUCACACUCCACAGGCUGGCGGCAGACGCGUGCCGUGCCUCUCCAAACCAUGGGUUUGUUCUGCUUUUCAUGGUGUGUGUGUUUGGUUAGCACUGAAAGUCAGAUACCUUUUCUUGGGUUAAUGUUCCACUAUUUUGGAAUCCCCCACACACCCCUUUCUCGGUGCACCUGCUGGGUCACCUUCCCGAGUCACUUCCUGGGUGCUUUUGUUCAUGUCCAGUCUCAGUGGCCACAUGCAGAAACAUGACCUCCGCAGCACUGCUUUCCUUGGGGGUGUUGCCCAGUGGCCACCAGCCUGGGCACGGCUGCUGAACCUUUGGGCAUCAGACGACGUGUCUGUGCCAUUUUGCCCAGUGGCGUUACUGAGGCAUUUAUUGAUGAGUAGCAAGAAAUCACUGCUCAAAGCAAAGGGUUCUGAUUUGCUUUUGGUGAACCUGUUCAUUUGUAAGUAUGUUACAAACUUCCCAACCUUGCAUUUUGGGAAAGGUGUGCUAAGUCUUUGCUUGAGUAAGUUUUGCCGUGACCUGGAGUUGAACCAACAAGACCGUGCUGAGCCUUACUCUAAGAGCUCUGCUUCCAGGAACAUUGAGACUCAUCCACUGUCAUGGACUCAUCCGUGUCAUGGACUGCAGACCCCACCUCUCUCCAGCCCCUCGCCACUUCCCAGAGAAGUCACAAGGAGCUUUUGUUUGGUGCUCUGGGGAGUUUGCUUCGGUGCGUACACUCCUGAGUGUGCUCCUAAAGGCAGCUGCUGACAGACUGACGACAGCAGCUCUGGGCCUUCAGGCCAAGCCUGGCCGAAGUAAUGAGGAAUGAGUAGCAGAAGUAAUGCCGCCUGUAAUUCUGUGCUCGAGCCGUCUCUUAACUCAUUAGUGAUGCUCAGUGACUCACGUCUCUAAGAGAGGGGCGUUAGUAACAGGUAAGUGGUCAUCGACGAUCUUAAUUUUCCUUUUCCUUUUUUGAUUGACGUUUUCCAGGAGAAGUUUGGUUUGCAAACUCUCAAGUCAGUGCUAAGAUGUUCUAAGUUGCCACAGAAAGCCAUGUAGGUGCUUCAGUUGCGUGAGAAUUACUCAGCUGAGGUUCUUAGCUUGUGUUUUACAGCAGAGAAACGACUUUCACCAGGAUUUGCGAUCCCAGCCCAGGAAGGAAAACCCCGAGAAAAGAUGCAGGAGCUGGUGAGAGCCUCGGUAUCACUGCUCCCCCCUGAGAGGUGGGCCCUGCUGGAGGGCAAAGGGGACCCCUCUCUAGCAUGGGACUUCCACCCACCAGGCAGCAGGUCGCUCGGCCCCUGCAGAGUUUGGGAUGAGGCUUCCAGGGAGCAGCUGUGGCAGUGUGGAUGCUGCCACUGUGACCCAGCCCAGGGUCUCUAGGGGCCCAAAGGUGAGCACGUAGUGGGAUUUUCUCUCCUUUCUAUUGGUGUCCUGUUCUGGACAGUAGCAGCCUGGGUCCCUGAGGGUUUCUCUCAUCUGAUCUGGACAUGACUCUGGUGGCCCACGCAGCUGUCCUCAGCUGACACGGACACUCUGCCUACCUUGGGAUCCAGGCCAGUUUCCAACACUGGAAAGAGGGGAGAAAGUCCGGGUGAAGAGCAGAGUGCUUCUCAUUCCUGUUCGUUGUUUCCUAUUCUGCCCACGAAAUAGGCAGACACCAUCUCCCUACUGCGUGGCUCUGGGGCCCCAGCCACCUGUUUCAUUGGCUCACAGCUGCUGCCCAUGGCUUAGGUGUCACCUGUGGGUGCUUCUGAGCUACAGAGGCUGGACUGAGCAGCCCCAGAGGCCCAGAGAGUCCCACAAAGGCUGAGACACUGACCCUCUGCCUAGUGAAAGCCUGGCUGCUCAAAGUCAUCCAGCGUGGAUCCUUGACUUCAGUGGAGAUUUCACUUUUUGUUGGACAAUUGAUAUAUUUUGUUUCAUGUUGUUGUCGGUAACUAUGAAUCUCUUUCCUCAUUGGGUAGAUGUGGUUCAGCUCUAAAAGAAGUGUUAUUAUUUUCUGUGUGGCUGUAAUUCUCUACCAAUCUGGGCCCAGCUCACUGGCCAUUUUCUCCAGUGGAAAACUGGGGAUUGCCAGCAAACAGGGUUUUGGCGCUCCUUAGCCCAAUUCCCAACGUGGACCAGCAGUUUUCCGAGGAAUUAGAAGUGGCCAGCACCUAUCUGACAAGACACGCAAAGCCCUGGUUGUCAAGAAAGUGAAAAUUAAGGCAAAGAAGUUUUGAGUUUUGAGGCAGGGCUGCGGAGUUCUUGUCAGAAAGGCCAAAACCACAAUUGUGGCUAAAAGCUGGUAGCCAUGAGGAUGGGGGGGGCAGCGUGCACCUUUAGAACAUGCGUUGGUAAGUGUGUCUGUCUUUUGACCUGGCAGUUACAAUUCCAAACUCAUUCUACAGUGUGCCAGGAAGUAUGUCUCCAGGGGCUUCUGCUUCCUCGUGGGAAUCAAUUGUGUGAAAAGCUGGAAGAAAUGUCAUACAGGAGGGAAUUGGAUUUAAAAAUUACAUUAAUCCAAACAGUAGAGUUCUGUGUAAUCUCUGGAAAGAACUCUAUUUGACAUGGAAAGUUACCCAUGAUAUAUUUUAAGUAAAAACAGCAAGUUGCAGAAAAUGUUAAUCGGCUGAUCACAUUUCCCUAAGUAAUAAUUAUGCCUGUGCUGCACGCAGUGAUGUAUGUGUAGGAAAGACCUGGAAAGCCAUGCCUCGCUUACCAGCAGUAGUUGUUGCCGGUGGGUGGGAAUGCGAGGGGCCCUGGCUUUCUAGUUUUAAUGGGUCUGGGAGACUUUACCUGUGCAGCAUUGAAAGGCACAAGCUGAACUGGGGCUUCCUGAGAGCAGGAAGUGUAUUGUAUUUCACUCAGGGGAGCACUCCCUCAGUGCCCACUUGGCUGUGCUUUAUUGUGUUGACAGAACUUGGUAGACACAAGUGUGUAACAGGCUUUUCAAGCUCAUUGAAAGGAACACUUUUCAGUAACAGAAAGGAUGGACGACUCCCUCAGCCAUGUUGUAGACCAACUAUCAUAAACAGCAAACCUCGAUAGGCCAAGAGGUUUCCGGGCGCUUACCAGGGAAGAAGCAGUUCUCUCCCCUGAGAGAACCGUGACUGUGCCGUUGUCCUAGAACAGCGUGCAGAAGUGGGUCAUGCAAACCAGUCUGUGGGUGGUGAAAGGGUGUGGCACACUUCAAAGAAAAUUCUAGCCAAAGCCCACCCACAUUAUAAAUGGAAAUAAAAAAAUUUCUUGAAAAGAUGACAGUAGAUCCACAACAUACAAAACUUGUGGGAUAUAGCAAAAGCAGUUCUAAGAGGGAAAUUCAUAGCAUUAAAUGCCUACAUUCAUUACAGAGAGAGAUCUCAAACAACUUAACUUUAUGCUUUAUGAAACUAGAAAAAAAAAAAAAGGAGCAAACUAAGCCCAAAGUUAGCAGAAGAAAGGAAGUAACAAAUAUCAGAACAGAAAUGAGUGAAAUAGAGACUCGAAAAACAACAAAAAAGGUCAACGAAGCAAAUACUUGGUUUUUUGGAAAGAUAAACAAAAUCAACAGGCCUUAUCUAGACAAAGAAAAGGGGAAGAGUCAACUGAGUUAGAAAUAGGAGAGCCGAUGCCACAGAAAUAAAAGGAGCAUGAGGGGGUACUGCGAACAGUUUGCACAAGUACAUCGGAUAAUCUAGAAGAAAUGAACAAAUCUGUAGAAAUCUACAGCCACCAAGAUUUCAUCAUGAAGAAAAUAGAAAUGCUGAAGGGCUCAAUUCCAUGUAAGGAGGCCGAGUCUGUGGUAAGAAGUCUUCCGUCCCUGGUUGACCCGUCAGCGAGCCGAGAGUAAAUGCCAGCACUGCUUGGACUCACCGGCAGCUGCAGAGACGUGAACACUCCCAAACUCAUUUUACGUGGCUCUGAUGCCAAAGUGAGGCAAACGCAACAAAGAAAGGAAAUGACAGGCCAGCAUUCUGUUGGAGGUAGAUGUGAAUCCAGCAGCACAUCAAAGGGUUGCACCCUACGGUGAAGGGGCCUCCUCCCUGGGGUACAAGGAUGGCUCAACGUCUGCGGAUCCAGCAAGCGGGGUACGUCACACCGCAGAGCUAAGGGACCUGGAGAAGUCAGACUCCUAGAGAUGCAGGGGACAGAUGAGGCAGUGGGAGCGUGACAGACGACAGGCACAUGUGGGUACACGCUUUCAGCCAUGAGGUGGCGUGAUGACUUCAGUUACUAAUAAGGGAUUGUGUACUUGAAAUUUGCUGAGUGCAGAUCUCAAGUGUUCUCACUGAAAACACCAAGAGUCUAGCUCUGGGAGGCGGUGAUCUUUUCCAAGGGCGCGGUAGGCUGCGGUGCUGGCAGGGGCUUAGUUGAGUCUGUGGUCAGGUCGUGUGUCCCGGCAAGGCCAGCGUGGUUGCUGUAGGGAGCCUACAGUGUAACCGGGGUGACCCCAUGCUCCAGCAGUCUGAGUACCGUGUGUGGCGGGGAGAGGUCACUGUGGAACUGUAGUGACGGGCUCAGUGUGGCCUGGGGGCGUGGCUGGUAGGUUUCACAUCCAGUUGCCUCUUUCUCGACCCAUAUGUGGCAGGCAUUGCUCAAUAGUACCCCACCUCGAACCCAAUCCUUCCCCACAUGGUGGUGUAGUGAGCUGGAGGGGGAGCCACAUGGCCAGGAAUGCAGGCCAUCGGUUCCACAUCUUCCCAGGCGAGCGACCGCGUCUGAAGGCGAGUGGUCGUGAUGAUGUUGUUUGUGACGCUGGCAUGUGGCAGGGACCCCUAAGUCACAGUGGAGCAUACUCCUGCUGAGGGCAGCACGUGAGCUAAAGCUCUGGAUGGUAUUCACAUAAGACAAGAGUGGGAGGUGUCUUCUGUUUUGAUGACAAGAGACAGUACGCGAAGGUGCAGAGAUGGGCCCUCCCACAGUCGGCAGGACUGCAAUUGGGCCACGAGGGGACAACUGCCGUGUCUGCGGUGUGCAAAGUUAGCAGGAGACGGUGGGCAUCAGAAAACUAGAACCAACCAAGCAGGUCCUUGGUAGGUUGUAAGGUUUGAUUGAAGUGAAACCAACAAAGCAGAAACAUUAGAAAUAGGAUGAAGCUGUUUUGUUUUGCAUAUAGUUUGAGAAUGAUAAAGAGAUGUAAAAAAUGACUCCGCAGUCUUGGUUCCCAGGAGCACUGGUGCUGCCACUGACAGAGGCUCAGCAGUUGGGACUGAGGUGGCCCUGGCUGCCAGUUAGAGGUGCACCUGGGCAGCUGCAGGGGCUGUGGAAUCCACGCCAGGUGUUGCCAGCAUUGGCGUCACCUACAGGAUCGCCGCCGUGCAGCUCACAGCCGGGGAUGGGAGGGGCAGCUUUUGGAGGAUGGGAGCAGAGAGGACCGAGGGUGGGCUGCUUGCUCACCCGUCUUGUAGCCUGGGGGGCUCCUGACAGGACUUGAUGAGCAAACCUUUUUCCCAUUGUGUUUCUAUGCAUCACAGCCGUGCAGGAUGCACACUGAGAGGGAGCAUAAUUAAUAUUCACUUGCUUUUCCUCAGCCUGUGAAGCAGUGGCUCACGCGUGCCCGCCCCUCAGGGCUGUGCUGGCUGCUUGCAUAUACCAGUGAUGGAGACGUUCAGUCAGUACUCAGAGUGGGUCGCCUGCCCGGGGCCAGCCCCUUCACGAGGGCCAUUGUGAGGGGCAGUGCGGCGGCCUGCUGAGCAGGACAGGAGUGCUCCUGGAGGAAGUGGUGUUUCUGUGAUGUGAAGCCCUGUGAACCAAGCGCAAGCCCGAGCUGCGUGGUCAGUGCUCGCCCUCCCCGGCCUCCGCCCACCUCCGGCUGCAGCUGCGCUCGCUGCCUGGCGUCCGCACACUCGAGCCUCGUGCACUUUCCCCUUGGCCUGCCCCUCUCGGCCUUGACGGUUACGUCUAGCGAGGGGCCACGGUUGUUAGGGGCUUGCGUGUUGCUGCCCCACAGACAGACCAGGGCUGUUUUCGAGAAGCCUCUUGCAAGGCUCUUUCACGGCCUCUUGCAAGAUCUAGCGCUACCCCGUCCCUCAUGCACCUCCAACACCCCACUCCCAUGGAGCUUCCCAGCCUGGUAAAUGGCAUCGCUCCCCAGGGGCCGCGAGCACGGCUGGACCCACAGACGGGGGAGUUAGGCUGUGUGGUCUCCUGCUGCACUCACGUGUGGCACUCCCUGGCCGUGUGUUUGCUGUGCCCUUCCCCACACCAGGAGCAGUCGGCUGUGCGUCCCGGAAUGAGCAUUUCUCAACACCUUCUCUUGUACGGAUUCGAAGCCAAGCUAUCUUCCAAAGCAAUCGUGUGACCUGGGAGCCCAUGGGGGAUGGGAAGAAGGUCAUCUCCUUGGCUGACAACCACAUCCUGCUGUGGGACCUGCAGGAGAGCUCCAGCCAGGCUGUGCUGGCGAGCUCGGCGUCCCUGGAAGGGAAGGGACAACUGAGGUUCACCUCGGGGCGGUGGAGCCCACACCACAACUGCACCCAGGUGGCCACGGCCAGCGACACCACCGUGCGCGGCUGGGACACACGGAGCAUGAGCCAGAUAUACUGCAUAGAGAAUGCCCACGGACAGCUGGUGCGUGACCUGGACUUCAACCCCAACAAGCAGUACUACUUGGCGAGCUGUGGAGACGACUGCAAGGUGAAGUUCUGGGAUACCCGGAACGUCACGGAGCCCGUGAAGACACUGGAGGAGCACUCCCACUGGGUGUGGAGCGUGCGCUACAACCACUCCCACGACCAGCUGGUGCUCAGUGGCAGCAGCGACAGCAGAGUCAUCCUGUCCAACAUGGUGUCCAUCUCCUCCGAGCCCUUCGGCCACCUGGUGGAUGACGACGACACCAGCGACCAGGAGGACCGCCACCUGGACGAGAAGAGCAAGGAGCCCCUGCAGGACAACGUGAUCGCCGCCUACGAGGAGCACGAAGACAGCGUGUACGCCGUGGACUGGUCCUCGGCCGACCCAUGGCUGUUCGCCUCCCUGAGCUAUGAUGGCAGGCUGGUCAUCAACAGGGUCCCCAGGGCUCUGAAGUACCACAUACUGCUCUAGCCGCUGGCAGCAGCCCUCGUCCGGCCUCCCGGUGCCCUUGCUGGUGUGCUGCGCCCUGGAGGCCGUCUGUUUUCCAGACAAACCCCGAUCUGGGCAGCCAGCGCCUCCUCCCUCUCGUCUGGGCCGUAAAAGGCGCUGUGGAGCCUCUGCCGCGGCCCAGCUGACGCCCGCACGGCCCCUUGUCGCCGCCCGGCCGCCGCUCGACUCCAGUGUUCUGUUCAAAGGGUGUAGGGAGUUUGUUUUUACAAAGAAAAUCCUGUCCCCGUAACAUGAAUGCAUCCUUGUCUUGAGAUUAGAAAGGGAAUAAAGUCAGUGAGGCCACGCUGCAGGCCCGGCACCUCAGAUGCCACACCA